AACGCGCGCCACUCGGCGGUGGCAGUGGACGAACUGAAGGAUUAAUUAAGGACCUGCUUAACCAGCUUAAUCAGCAGCCACAUCAGCCAAAUCUACAUCUGCUAAAUGUCCAAACUGUCAUCUGGUGGUCCCUCCAUGGCGGCCAAGCUGCUGGCCAUAAUGCUUCUGCUGGUGGCGACGGGAGUGCAGGCGCGGCGUCUGGGCCACCGACGCCUAAUCAUCCACGUGCCGGUCAAGGUGAAGACGCACCACCACACUCACACCGUGUACAAGGUGCUACACGGAUCACAUGGUGGCGGUGGCGGCGGAGGUGUAAAGCAAACGGUAUACAAAGUGCUUGGCUUCUCCACACACGGUGGUGGCAUUGCCAAGGGCGGCGUAGGAGGAGGAGGAGGCAUUGGCCAUGGAGCCCACGGUAGCUACGACAUGGGCAGCAUAGGAGGAAUGGGACACGGCGAAAUCACAUACGAGGACAUGCACGGAUGCGAGAGCGGCAAAGUGAUUCCGGCGGCCAGAGACAUGAUUUUCAAUCACUACUCGCGUCACGGCCAAAGCGAUGGAACUGCCGAGGAUUACGCCGAGGAGCUGGACGACUUUGUAGACCUAAGGGAUGGCUGGUUGUGAAUAAAGAGACGUGUGCGCAAAUCCCCGCCGAUUAAUUAUAAAAUUCCUGCCAGCGGCGAUUUGCAUUUGCACUACGGAUGCGCUGACGCAGCUCAAGACUCAGCAUCGUCCAAAUUCCAAUCCCCCGGAAUCCGUGUCUUUGUCUUUCGCUGCCGAUUCGCAUUUGUAUUGUUUAAUUAGGAUUCGGAAGCCGGCUGGGAAUGGGUGGUACUUAACUUCUUGCCUUCUCCAGUCGCGCACUUGGGAAAAACUUGAAGUAUUUGCUUGCCUCUCGACUGGGGCAUGCGGCAUAUUUUAGUGGACAAUUAAAGGAAACGAGUGUCGAUGGCUGAAGCAAGUGAAUGGAAAACUUAAUAUGGGAAGAGAAGACUUGCAGCUUGAAUAGUUCCCAGCAAAGUCAAAAACUUAAUUAGGCUAAGCAAAAAAAUCCAAACUUAAU